CGAGAUCUCCCAUAGCUGCCCAACACAAGCGCAGCGCAGCCGUCCAUAGACCCGUCCAUAGACCAGGCGACACCUCUCACCCUCCACGCAACUAUGGCCCCGAAGGCGCCGGCUAAGAAGGCGGAGCCCCCGAAGAAGGAGGAGGCGAAGCCGGCUGCUGCUGCCCCUCCGCCGCCCGAGGAGCCGCCCAAACCUGCGUUCGAUCCCUCGACCAUCGUGAUUGAAUUCACGCAGGAUCAAAUCGAAGAGUACCGCGAGGCAUUCUCGCUCUUCGACCGCACGGGAGAGAUGAAGAUCACCUACUCCCAGUGCGGGGAUAUCAUGCGCGCCCUGGGGCAGAACCCCACCAACUGCGACGUGAUGAAGGUGCUGGGCAACCCCAAGCCUGAAGAGAUGCUGGUGAAGACGAUGGACUUUGACACGUUCCUGCCCAUGAUGCAGGCCAUCUGCAAGAUCAAGGACCAGGGCUCGUACGAGGACUUCGUGGAGGGCCUGAGGGUGUUCGACAAGGAGGGCAACGGCAGGGUGAUGGGGGCUGAGCUGCGCCACGUGCUCGCCACGCUCGGCGAGCGGCUCACGGAGGAUGAGGUGGAGCAGCUGAUGACCGGACAAGAGGACUCGAGUGGCUGCAUCAACUAUGAAGCUUUCAUCAAACACAUCUUGGCUGGCUGAGACUCAAGAAUUACUCUGCUGGUGUUAACAGAAAGGCUGGAACAGCUCAACCUAUUGUGUCAAUGAAAAUGUUUAAAAUGUCAACCCCCUACGAAACCUGUGUAGUCAUGACGUGCUGAUGAGUAUUAUGAACAUUUUGUCGUAGACAUGUUUUGUGCAUUAUAAAACAAUGCUGUGUGUUAACGAGUGUCGUGAAAUAAAGAUAACAAUUACAGUGAUGUACUGGAUUUUUAAAUACAUUUUGAAAAAAUGUACCGAGUCUCUGAGCCAUCUUUAACAGCCUCACUUUGAAUUAGUACUGUAUUAUAAGAGCAUUUGGGAACAUAGAUGCCCCAUCUGCAAUGCGGAUUUCCAUUUACCAUUUUGCAAGUGAAAGUCACCGGUGUCUUCUACUCCUGUGGGCCAUGCGUUAGUUAUUCUGGAAGUGUGCGAACUGCAAAGGUGUUCAAAGUGCACACUAUGUAAUCUGUUACCCCUGGAUAUCGCGAGUUUUGUUGACUGGUGGAUUCGCCAUUGUUUAUUCACAAAUAAAAAGGCAAUCUAGGACCUUUUUGCCAGUAUCAAAGUUUGAAAAAAAAAUAAUAGCUGCUCAUCCUGAGCUAUAAAUACUCUGAUAGUGCAUUGUCCUUGUACUGUUCACCUUUUGCGUUUUCUGGUCUGACACGGGUGGUGAGACUAGGCCCUAAAGAAGACUGCCUCUGGUGUAGGCCAAUAAGUUUCAAAGACAAUGCGUAUAUUAUGAGAGCGUGUUUGUUUGCAUGCUCACCACAAGUACGUGUGGUUAAUGCAGACUUUAUUCCUUGCAAAAGGUUUAUAUUUGAUGUCUGAACAUCUUAACACCUGUUUUAUUUCCAGAAAGGGUAAAAUCUAUUCUAAUUUUUUCAUAAAAAGUCAAUAUAUAGCUUACUGUCUUGCACUUUGUUGCAAGAUGUUUGUCUAAACCGUUUUUAGUGUCUACCAGAGAUGAAGUAAUAAAAUCAGUUUGUUUGCCGUAACUAGAUGGAUUGUUGAAUUGCAAUACUGAGAGAUGGAGAUGGCAUGGGGAGGCCUUCAUCUAGGAGAGGAAAGAUCAAUGCAGAUGAUGGGGAUGAUGAUGUGUAAAAUUGACUAAUAUUGAUUCUUAAGCUCCCAAUAAAUGCGUAAAGUCUGGUAAGAA